AGGUGACCAGUACACCCGGGAUGAGUUUCGACGACACAAGGAAGCUACUCCAGAGCAAGCUCAGAUAUUCAUGGAGGAAUGGACAAAGUACGCAGUCACUGUAGUUAAGCAGCUUAGAAUUAGUAGCUCUCAUUCAGCUAAGGUGUUUGGUACACCUUUAAAGGGUAAAGACUUAGACCAAUUUAGUGAUGAGCAGAUUUAUCAAUUAUUUGAGCUGCACGAGGCUGCAACUAAGAAAGAAACUAAUUCAACAAGUUCUGAGAAUGAUAAAUGACUGCACUGUUCUAUAAUUUAAAAAAGUUUAAAGCUAAUUUUUAUCUGAUAGCUUCUACGUAUAAAAAUUAUACUAUUAUGGGACAACUACUGAUGAAUGUCUGAAUAGAGACUGUCAUAUAAAAUAAUCUAUUUCGAGGAAAGCUUUGAAUAUUUAUAUACUCAUCAUAUUUAUUAAUGUUGACACAUAUAUAUAAUAUAUAUAAUUAACUUAUUUGUAUCUGAAUUUGUGUAAAAUCUUAUAUACAGUGGACCCCCGGUUAACGAUAUUUUUUCACUCCAGAAGUAUGUUCAGGUGCCAGUACUGACCGAAUUUGUUCCCAUAAGAAAUAUUGUGAAGUAGAUUAGUCCAUUUCAGACCCCCAAACAUACACGUACAAACGCACUUACAUGAAUACACUUACAUAAUUGGUCGCAUUCGGAGGUAAUUGUUAUGCGGGGGUCCACUGUAUAUAAAACUUUAUCAUAUAUUGAAAAUUUGCUUCAUAUUUCUUUAACAUUUCCACAGUUAUAAAGGUAUGCAUCACAGUACAGUAUAUGUACAUUAAUAUGAAAGAUAUGAUAUAUUGUCAUUUAACUACCUCAAGUAUUUGUAAAUAAUAAUUCUAGCAUAGCUAAACAUCCAUUUCUAUCAGUUUACCGUCCUUUUAUCACCACUGUGAGUCUUAAUCACACUAAGUCUACACAAUGGUUUAUAAACUGCUUUUGUACUUUUUGCCUUAAGUGUAUCAUACUAAAAAUUUAUUUUA